UGAGGAAAUGAACCCACAGUAGCCGGAGCUGUCAUCCCGGUUACAGCUUCUUCAGAAAGGGGAUAAAAUGUUUGCGGUAGUAGCCAUUAUUUUAAUAUUUUUAGUGGUAUUUGUUUUAAAACAUGUCUUCGGCAGCUCCGGACCAAAUCCCUUCGAGAAGGACUGUCGUGAACCGUUAAAAAAGAUGGUUUUCGACAAAAAAGAGAGAAAUAAAGUGCUGAAGCAAGGUUUCCUGGCCUCCAAAGUACCAGAAAAUCUUGAUGCAAUCAUCAUUGGGAGUGGCAUUGGUGGCCUUGGACUGGCUGUGUUUCUGGCUAAAGUUGGAAAGAAAGUUCUGGUUCUGGAGCAGCAUAGUCGGGCCGGGGGAUGCUGCCACACGUUCACAGAGAAAGGCUUUGAAUUUGAUGUUGGGAUCCACUACGUCGGUGAGCUGUUAGACCACAAGCCUUUUCGCUGCGUGUUGGACCAGAUGACCAAUGGGCAGCUGCAGUGGGCACCUCUGGAGAACCCAUUUGACCACAUUGUUCUGGGACCUCCAGAAAACCGCCGCUGCUACCCCAUUUACAGUGGCAAGACCCGCUUCCCCGAGGAGCUGAAGAAGUGUUUCCCAGGCGAGGAGAAGGCCAUCGAUGAGUACUUGAGAUUGGUCAAGAAAACUGGUAAUGGGGUUUGGCUUCUUGCUAUGCUGAAGAUCUUGCCCCUCCCUUUGGCCAAGUUCCUGAUCUACACCGGCCUCGUCAAACACCUGUCUUAUUUUUUCAAAAUGGCCCCCCGCACACUGGCCGAUGUGGUCGGUGAGCUGACCCAGAACAAGGACCUCAGAGCAGUCUUCAGCUACAUCUUUGGCACCUACGGUAAUGCUCCUAAAGAGGCCAGCUUUGCCAUGCACAGCCUUCUGACCACUCAUUACCUGAAUGGAGCCUGGUAUCCUAAAGGCGGCUCCAGUCAGAUCCCCUACCACAUGAUCCCCGUCAUCGAGAAGGCAGGCGGUGCCGUUCUGGUUCGAGCCCAGGUGAACCGGAUCUUAUUCAACCAGGAAAAGGAGGCUUGUGGUGUGAGCGUGCUGAAAGGUCAGGAGGAAGUUCAUAUCCGCGCUCCUAUGGUCAUUUCUGAUGCUGGGAUAUUUAACACCUAUGAGAAGCUGCUGCCCAAGGAGCUCCAGGCCAUGCCAGCGAUCCAGAGGCAGCUGGGCAUGGUGAAGCAUGGCGAAAGCGGCUUGAGUAUUUUUGUGGGUCUGAAUGGGACCAAGGAGGAGCUGGGCCUGAAAGCAAACAACUACUGGGUCUUUGCAGAGAACGACUUUGAUCAACUGGUAGCGGAAUAUAGGAGUAAAAAGAGGGAAGAAGCUGCUAAAAACGUUCCUUUGCUGUUUGUUGCCUCUCCAUCAGCUAAAGAUCCAACCUGGGAGGAGAGAUCACCAGGAAAGUCCACUUUGACUCUGGUGAGUUUUGCUAAAUACGAGUGGUUUGAGGAGUGGAAAGAUGGCAAAGUGGGGAACAGAGGGCCCGACUACAAGGACCUGAAACAAGCAUUCAUUGACUCGGCCCUGGAGGUGGUGCUGGAUGUUUAUCCAAAGAUCACAAGAGACAAGAUUGAGUACAUAGAUGCUGGAACCCCCAUCACAAACGCACACUAUAUAGCUGCCCCCAGAGGGGAGUUCUACGGAGUGGAUCACGGCAUCGCUCGGUUCCACCCUGAGUUCAGCACUAUGAUAAGACCUCAGACUCCACUGAAGAAUCUCUAUCUGACAGGCCAGGAUGUGAUGUUGUGUGGUCUCACCGGCGCCCUCGCAGGAGCUCUGAACUGCGGCUCAGCCAUUCUCAACCGUAACCUCCACCUGGAUACCAUCAGCUUGGCCAAAAGAGCAAAAUGUUCUAACAAUAAAAUGAAAGAGGAGUAAAUGAUGAGUAAUAUGCUGCAGCACUAUCAAUCAAUCAAUCAAUCAAUCAAUCAAAGCUUUAUUUAUAAAGCGCCUUCCGCAACCCUGUCAGGAAGCCCAAAGCGCUGAACAUGGUACAGUUGUAAGUAAUUAUACUGAAUAAAUCAACAAUAAAAGAAAUUCAAAUUACAAAAUACAAAAUGGAAAUUACAAGAUAGAUGAAACAUUCCGGUAAAAUACAAAUGUGUGAGACACAAUUUGAUUGAGUGGAUGGAUUGAGAGUACCAAUGAAAACUGUGGAAUGGAUUCAACAUAAUAGAGGGCCAUAAUCAAACAUGUUCUGGAAACGCCAAGCGGAGGAGGUGUGUUUUUAGGUGAUUCUUAAAGACUGGCAGAGAAGGGGACAGCCUAACUGAGGGUGGCAACUGGUUCCAGAGUAACGGUGCUAGGACUGAGAAAGCCCGGUCCCCACGGGUACGACACCUAGACCGAGGGACAGCGAGCAGGCCUUGGUCAGAGGAGCGCAGAGCGCGUGAUGGGGAAUGUCUAUUCAGGACACUACACCUCAGACUCACACUGGGAACUAAACUUGCCUUACAAUGAUACUAAUGAUAAAAAAGGGAAACCUGUAUGACAAGAUACUUGAGUAUCUGUACUUAUCUGUACUGUACUUCAGCAUGCUCACCAGAAAUAAUCCGUUUGGGUAAAUGGUUACUAAACCAGUUUUUAGCUCUUUAUUUUUACCUGCACUUGUUUGGUACCACAAAACAUCAGUACAGUGAUUGAGUUUGAUUUGUGUGAAUGUUUUAUUUUUUGUUUCAUUUAAGUUAUUUUCCUUUUGAAGCAGAUCAAUGGCUGUAAACAAAAAUCCUACUUGAUUGUUUAGUUAUUUCAGUGAUGUACAUGUAACAUUUUAUUUGCGGCUCUUUGAGCCUGUGUUGGGUGAUUUGAGCAGUCAGUAAUCAAACUUGUCCCGUUGUUUUGGCUCGUGAAAAACAAGAAAGCACUUAUUGGUUUUGUUUAUAAACACAUCCUGACUGCUCCCGAACGCACCACGGCUGUUGCAGCAGUCACGUGCGCAAACGCUGAGCUCCAUAAUUCAGUUUUUAGACUUUCUGAUUAGCCAGUGAAUAAAAAAAGGGGUGUGA